CUCAGGGUUGAACGCCACAGAGAUUGGGGGACCGCUCUGGAGUGUAGAAAGGGCGCUGAGGGGGAUAUACUCAAAUUCUCUUUACUUUUCUUGGAUGGGUCUGGCACAGGCCUGUCAAUAUGUACUAAAAGAUCACUUGGAAACUGUGAAAACAAAGCUCCACAUUGGUUGAUAUUUGAGAGAAAGAACCCCAACCGGAUUACAGUUGGUGUCGGGGAAAGAAUCGACCAGUAAGUGACAUUACUCAGCAGUUUGGAGGCGGGGAAUAUAGCCUCGGUGGCUUGAAGAAGAGUGCCAGUGCGGAAUGUAUGUUGACGAUCGCUCCUUGGGACCAAAGAGAGAACCUUGUACAGUACAGAAGUGGGCAGCCCGACUCCUGUGAGGGAGCAACUGCAUGCUGGUGGCCUGCCUAUGGUGAGGUGAGGCUGGCAAACUAGCAGAGAUGGAUGUGUUUGGUGGUGCCCCACGUUUCCUGGCCUACCCUCGCCCCGUAGUAGUGCAGAGUGGCACUGAUGCUGUCCUGAAGUGUCAGAUUGGCGGGGACCCCAGGCCAGCGGUCAUCUGGGAGCGAAACAACGAACAGAUCCACCCAGAGGGUCGCUACCGCCUCUUCGAGGACGGAAAUGUCUACAAUCUCAUAAUCUCAUCGGUGACCACAGAGGAUAGCGGCCAGUACACAUGCAAGGCCAAGAACAGCAUCGGGGAAACAUAUGCCGCGGCGACCCUGAAGGUGGAGGGCGAGGCCCAAGAGAUGGAGCUCCGGGAGGAGAACAAGCCUCGUUUCCUGAUCAAGCCCCUCUCCACCCGGGUGGGCCGCGGCGAAGACGCCGUCUUCUCCUGUAAGCUGUGGGGAAAGCCACGGCCAGAGGUGGUCUGGGAAAAGGACGGGAGAAAACUCAACGAGAUCUUUGAGAGUACACAUUUCAAUGUGGGCUACCAGGACGGGGGGUGGUUCCAGCUUAAAAUCUUCAAGACUCGUGCACCCGACGGUGGAGUGUACACAUGCAAGGCCAGAAAUGAGUUUGGAGAAGGGCUGGCUGGAGCCGUGUUGCUCGUCGAUGCAGGCCCGGGUCACGAGGAAGAGGGAAACCGAAACGGUUACACAAACGGCCACUGGAAAGGCCAUCAAGGAAAACAGAGGAGUGGUAGGCAGCUGACCACACGGCUCAAAGACGACCCAGUGACCAACCAAGUCAAGCAAGUGAAAAUGUUUGCCGUGACAGAGGGCAAGCAUGCCAAAUUCCGCUGCUUUGUGACUGGGAAGCCCAAACCAGAAAUAAUAUGGAGGAAAGACGGCAGGCUGAUCAUGUCCGGAAGACGGUACCUGUUAUAUGAAGACAGGGAGGGUUACUUCACACUUAAAGUGCUGUAUUGUAAGCAACAGGACAACGGUGUUUAUGUUUGCGCUGCAUCCAACACUGCAGGACAAACCCUCAGUGCUGUACAUCUCUCUGUGAAAGAGCCGCCUGUGCGGUUUAAACAGCCCCUCAUUGAUCUGGAGGUGUGGGAACGGGACCUGGCUGUUCUGGAGUGUGAGGUUCCUGAGGACUCUGUUCCCAUCACAUGGUAUUUGGAGGACAGGCGGCUACAGCCAGGGGCCAAAUAUGGGAUGGAAGAGUGGGGAACGAAACGACGACUAACUAUUCGUGACAUCGGAGUCGACGACGAUGGGAUUUAUCUUUGCGAGAUGGCGGAUGGGGGGAGGAGCAUUGCUGAGGUUGCAGUUAAAGGCACAAUCGUGCGUAAGCUGCCACGUAAGGUGGAUGUUUUGGAGGGGGAAAAUGCGGCCUUCUGUGUUGAAGUGGAGGAGGAGGAAAUGGACAUACACUGGUACAAAGAGGGGACGGAGCUCCGUGAGACUCAUCAGACCAUCCUGAAGUCCUUUGGAAAAACUCACAUUCUGGUGUUUGUCAACACAACGCCCCAGGAUUCUGGCCUUGUGACCUUCUUUGUGGGAAGAUCCAAAACUUCCUCUCAGCUGAGGGUAAAAGCGGCCAGGCAUAGCCCACCCAGCUGCCCAGUGGGUGUGCAGAUCAACACAGAGCGUGCCAACGCUGCCCUCCUCUCCUGGGUUCCGGCGCUGGACACCCGGAAGAACCCCCCAUCGGGUUACGUGUUGGAGAGGCAAGAGGUGGGCACCGGCUCUCAGGAGUGGCUGCAAUGCUUGACCACCGACUCGGCCACCUCAGUGGAGAUUCUUGGCGACAGCGUUCCCUGCGAGGCAGAUUAUCGCUUUCGCAUAUGCGGUGUCAACAAGUAUGGCAGGAGCAACAAUGUGGAGUUCCCAAGGGCAGUUCACCUGGUCCCUGUGACCAGAAUACAAGCCCCCCUACAGGAUGCCUUGGUGCCAGAAGGCCAGGAUGCCUGCUUCUCAAUUGAGCUCACUGCCUCAGUUAUUGGCUCAUGGUUCUUGAACGGCACUCAGCUUCUGGAGGACGACCGUUACUCCAUGCGGCGGUCUCGAACGCACCAAUCCCUACGCAUACAAGGGGUACGAGACACAGACAACGGUGCAGAGAUCACAUUCAUUGCCUAUGGAAUACGAGAUUCAGCAGCACUCUAUAUCCAAGCUCCUCUAGUGAAGUUCACACCACUGUCAGAGAUGGAUCGUAAUAAAUUUGUUGAACUUGGCAACCCCAUUGUACUCUACUGCGAGUUGUCAGACCCCGCAGUUCCAGUACACUGGUACAAGAAUGGGGUGGAGGUACACACAGUCGAGGGUCUUCAUAUUCAGUCAGAAGGCACAAUGAGGAGAAUUGUCAUCCAAUCAUCAGAGUUCUCCCAUUCCGGAGUGUAUUGCUGUGAUGCCAUUGAUGAUGUCAUAAGGUUCAACGUGGAAGUUGAGGCACCUCCUGUGAGGAUCACAACACCUUGUGAAGCUGAGAGGAACAAGUCCGUUGCAGCAGGCGGUCCCAUUGUCCUGCGUUGUGAGAUAUCAGACCCAAAUGCACAUGUUUCCUGGUACAAGGACGGAACACUGCUACAUGAAGAGAAUGGACUAGAAAUGCAAUCGAAAGGUUCCAUAAGGACAUUGGAUGUGGAAUCUGCAAGGCUGUCUGAUGCAGGGAGCUACAGCUGUAAGACAACAGAUGAUGCAAUGCAGUUUCAUGUGGAUGUGAAAGCUCCAACUCCGAAGUUUUCAGAAAUUUCUGAAGCAGACAAGAAAAAGUACAUAAAAUCAGGCAACCCCAUUGUACUGCAAUGCGAGCUCUCAGAUCCUACCACCAAGGUGUACUGGUACAAGGAUGGAACAAAGCUCCUAACCCAAAGUGGAGUAGACAUCCAAUCAGAUGGAACUAUGAGAACUCUAGUUAUCCAAUCAGCAGAGCUGUCUCACUCUGGAGUAUACCGUUGCGAGACAAUGGAGGAUGGCCUCCAAUUCACUGUGGAAGUAAAAGCUCCACCUGUGAGGUUCUCAGCACUUCCAGAAGCUGAAAGGAACAAGUUCAUUGAAGAUGGCUGCCCCAUUAUACUGCAAUGUGAGCUCUCAGAUCCAACUGCCGAGGUGUACUGGUACAAGGAUGGAACAAAGCUCCUAUCUCAAAGUGGAAUGGAAAUCCAGUCCGAUGGCAUCAAAAGGACACUACUCAUCCAAUCCGCUGAAAUAUCACACGGUGGAACAUAUGAGUGCUCAACAGCAGGUGAUACCAUCACAUUUAAAGUGGAGAUCAAAGCUCCAUCACAGAAGAUCAUGCCACUUUCACCAAUGGAGAGGAACAAGUCCGUAGAAAUUGGCACUCCCAUUGUACUGCAGUGUGAGCUCUCAGAUCCUCUAGCCCAGGUCUGCUGGUCUAAAGAUGAAAUGAAACUAUUUCCCAAAACUGGCCUCGAUAUCCAAAGUGAAGCCAAUGUGAAGAGACUAGUCAUUCACUCUGCGGAGCUCUCUGACUCGGGGCUCUACUGCUGUAGUCUUGCUGACGAUGCCAUGACAUUCAAGGUGGAUGUUCAAGCUCUUCCCGUGAGGUUUUCAGCACUUCCAGAAGUUGUGAGGAACAAGUUCAUUGAAGCAGGCUGCCCCAUUGUACUGCAAUGUGAGCUCUCAGAUCCAACUGCCCAGGUGUUCUGGUACAAGGAUGGAACAAAGCUCCUCCCAGAGAAUGGAGUCGACAUCCAAUCAGAGGGCGCUUUGAGGGCUGUGAUCCUCCAAUCAGCGGAGCUCAGUCACUCUGGGGUGUACAGCUGUGAGGCUUUAGAUGACUGCAUAGCAUUCAAGGUGGAUGUUGCAGCACCUCCGGUGACGUUUGUCGAUGUCCCUGAGGAAGACCUCUUCAAAAGUGUUGUGGAACAAGAUCGUCUUGUUAUGUCCUGUGAGGUUUCCAGGGCUGACGCUAUUGUCCAGUGGUACAAAGAUGGGGUUGAAACUCAGUCUAGUGACAACGUUGCUGUACAAGCAGAUUGCACUGUUAGGAUGCUGACCAUCCAGUCAGUUCAGCUGUCAGACUCUGGGACAUACACAUGCCGUGCCGGAGACAGAGCUUUAAUGUUCAAGGUUCACAUACGAGAGCCACCAGUGAUGAUUGUAUACCCUAAAGAAGAUGUCCACCUUGAUCGGCAUGUGCCGGAGGAGAUCAUUCUCAGCUGUGAACUCUCACGUCUAAAUGGUGUCGUAAACUGGUUCAAGGAUGGGCAAAAGUUGCAAGAAAGCGAAAACAUUAAACUUAAGAUUGAGGGCCCUUACAGGCGACUGAAGAUUCUUUGCGGUGGAGUUGAAGACUCUGGCGAAUACGUCUGUGACACGGCUGAUGAUUCAAUAUUCUUUCAUCUCAGCAUAACAGAGCCUCCAGUACAAAUUAUAUCUCCGAGCCAGUCGCAAAUGGAGCUCUGCCAGCAAACAUCUGAGAGGAUGGUGUUGAGCUGUGAGAUCUCAAGGCCCAAUGCUGUGGUGCGCUGGUAUAGGGACGGGCUUGAGGUGGAGGAAAAUGACAACCUCAUUUUGGAGGUGGAUGGGGUCUACAGGAGACUCAUUAUACCCGAGACCACAGUCAAAGAUUCAGCCGAAUAUGUGUGCGAUACGGCUGAUGACAACAUGACAUUCUUUGUCAACAUUGCAGAUCCUCCUGUCCGUUUCGUACGCCCAAGAAAGAUGGCAAGUCGGGUCGAGAUGUUUGUUGGAGAUUCUUUGGUUCUUGACUGUGAGGUAUCCAGAUCAAAUGCCGCGGUAAGCUGGAAGAAGAAUGGGGAGGAAAUGGAAGAGAGCAGCAAUGUCUCCGUUAUUGAGGAUGGCGUCAUGCGGCAAUUAACCAUCCACUCCAUGACAUUGGAGGACGCUGGGCAAUAUGUCUGUGACGCCAAGGAUGAUGUGAUGGACUUCCAGGUCAAGAUCAAAGAGACACCUGUAAAGAUCCUGGGCAAAAACGAUGUGAAUACUCAAAAGCAGUUCUUCGCCUCAGAUGACAUUGUCUUAGGGUGUGAGCUUUCAAGAGCCAACUGCAUGGUCGUCUGGUACAAAGACAACAAAAAAAUCGAUGACAAUGAGCGCUGCUGUCGUGAGGAGCAGGGUGUUUUCCGUUCACUGGUGGUUUUAAAUGCUGAGAUCGACGACUCUGGAGAGUACACCUGUGAUGCCGGGGAUGAUAAGAUGGUGUUCGGUAUCAUCGUGAAAGAACCCCCCGUGACCAUCAUCGGCAACUCGGGUAACCCAGAGCAUCAUAGCCUGGUAGCAGGCGACAAACUCAUCUUGGAGUGCGAGAUAUCUUGUCCGAAUGCCACUGUCCAGUGGCUCUGGAAUGGAAAGUUACUGAGUUCAGACGCUCGCACUCACAUAGACAGUGACGGUGCCACCAGGAAACUUGUUUUGUCAGAACUUCAGCCCUCGGACUCUGGAGAGUACAUAUUGGAUGCCAUCAAUGACAAAAUGGUAACCAUAGUUGAGGUCCAAGAGCCCCCAGUCAAGUUUGUGAACAAACAAGCCAGAACCACCAUCUCUGGCUACGAAAAUGAAAGUGUGACACUGUGUGCCAUGGUGAACCGGGAGCAAGCCUAUGUGCGAUGGCUUAAAGAUGGUGAACUAUUGAAUGGGGAUAAUAUUCACAUCGCCAGUGCGGGUAAAAUGCACACCCUCACCAUCAACCCCCUGAAACUAUCAGAUAGUGGAGGGUUCGUCUGUAACAUCAACACGGACGAAAUGCAUUUCAUUGUCCAGGUCAAAGAAAUGAAAGUGAAAUUCUCCAGACCUCUGGAGAAUAUCGUAGCCCUGAAGGACAGUACCCUUACCCUGAGGUGUGAGGUCAACAAACCUAAAGGAGAUGUUCAGUGGCUCAAAGAUGGCCAGGAGAUUAAGCCCAGCCGUCGACAUACGAUAAGGGCACAGGGUCGGGAGCGAAGCAUCACUAUCCACCAGCUAAUGCUAGACAAUGCUGGGGAAUAUGCCUGUGAAUCCACAGACGAUAGGACUUUUGCCACCGUCGGUGUAGAAAUGCCUCCACCUAUUGUCGAGUUUAUCGCAGAGCUACACAAUAUCACUGUACUGGAGGGGGAAGAUGCUACAUUUAAGUGUGUGGUUUCGCCAGAGGACACACAGCUAGUGUGGAGCCUGAACGGUCGGCCUUUAACUCCAAAUGAGAGGUUUGUCAUUUCAAGUAAUGGACUGUGCCACACGCUGUGCAUUCACAACUCCCAGGUCUCAGACUGCGCCACGGUGACUGCCAAGGCAGAAGGGCUGGUGUCUGAGGCAAACCUCCAGGUUCAAGAACAACAAGUGUUGUUCACCAAAAACAUGGUGCCCGUUGUGGCUGAGCAAUUCGGGGAGGCUACCCUGGAGGUGGAGGUGGGUCUCGACUCUGGAGAGGUGCAAUGGAUGAGGCAGGGUGUAGUCAUCCACCCGGGGCCAAAGUUCACCCUGAAGAAAAAGAGCCGGCGACGGAGCCUCACCAUCCACAAGCUCUCCCUUUCCGACCGGGGCACCUACAGUUGCGAAACUCUCCACGACCGCACGCAAGCCCAACUCAUCGUGGAACCCAGAAAAAUUACAAUUCGGAGAGGACUCACUGACAUCCAAACCAUUCAACGUGAAACGGCAUCCUUCGAGGUGGAGCUGUCGCACAGCAAUGUAGAAGCCACUUGGCUAAAGGAUGGGAACCAGCUAAAGCCCAACAACCACUGGCGCAUGAGUGCCAAAGGGUGUGUCCACAGCCUCACCAUCUCCAACCUCUCCUUGGACGACACAGGCACAUUUGUGUUAUCUGCGGAAAAUGUGAAAUCAUCUGCAAGGCUCAUUGUUAAAGAGCCACCAGUGACAGUCAUUAAGAAACUGGAGGACUUGCGCUUUCCAGAAGCAGCUGUGGCAUCAAUGGAUUGUGAGCUAUCAAGGCCACAUGUUGAAGUGAAAUGGAUGAAGAAUGGGAUCGAGGUGAAACCACGCAAGGAUUUGCGUAUUUAUGCUAUGGGAAGAAAACACUACUUCCAAAUCCUGAAGUGUGAAGUCAGUGAUUCUGGCACAUACUCAUGUGACGCUGGAGACUCCAGUACAUCCUGCAAUAUAGAGGUCUACGAACGGGAGCUUGUGGUCCUGCAAGGCCUGGAGGACCUGGACAUACAGGAGGACCAGAAUGCUGUUUUUGUAGUUGAGAUCUCCCUGGAGGAUGUGUCUGGAGAGUGGUUCAAAAAUGGAGUGAGAAUUACACCAACCAGCACCAUCAAGAUCCGCCAGGAAGGGACGAAGCAUUUUCUUCUAAUGUGCAACGUGAGAGGAGAGGACUCCGGAGAGAUCAAGUUCGUCGCCAAACACGUGGAAUGCACAGCCUAUCUGGAAGUGGAGGAGCUUCCGUUGAACAUAACGAACCCUCUCCAGGACAAGGUGGCUCUUGAGAGGAGUCGUGCGAUCAUGGACUGCUCAGUAUCCAACCCUCGGUGCAGUAUCCGCUGGUACAAAGGCAGCAAUGUCAUCCUGCCCUCAGAGCGCUUUGAGAUCUGCAGUGAGGGCUGCUAUCGCAAGCUGGUCAUUCAACAGGUGGCACUGGACGAUGAGGGAACCUACAGUGUGCAGGUUGGAGAGCACACAUGCUCUGCGAAACUGACUGUAGAAGCCCAGUCUCUCCUGAUGGUGAGGGAACUGAAAAGCGUGGAGGUGGUGGCCCCGGAUGAGGCGUGCUUCGAGUGUGAGGUCUCAGUCCCCGUCCUCAAAGCCCCCGUGUGGAGCCUGAAGGGGGAGGUCCUGCAGCAGGGGCCCAACGUCAGCCUAGAGAAAAUGGGCAUGGUCCACCGCCUCACCCUCCGACAGACCUCUGUUGACAUGACCGGCUUGGUGGAGUUCACAUCGGGAAAAGCCAAGAGCAGCGCCGAGCUCCACGUCCAGAGUGAUCCUUGACAGACGCAGUAUCGUCGUGAUGCAGUGUCAACAUCAGAAUGAGAUGGCUCGAUAUUUUAUUCACCAAUUUAUUUGUGUUCAUAUUUGUCAUGUGAAAUUGGAAUGUAUGGAAUAGAAUUGUAAGAUAUAUUCCUGUCUUUCAAAAGGGGGUGAAUAUUUUGUCAAAGUUAACAAUAAGUUAUUGAAAUAUUUUGUAUAAUUAUUUCCCAAUGCAGAUACCCCUAUUCACUUGAAACAAUGUCCUCUAAAGAGGCUCUAGGUAAAUAUCAACCAACAUAAGUACAGAGUUGACUAAAUUGUCUCUCUGAAUACGAGCAUGUGCUUAAUCCAUAAAAUGUCAUGUAAUAUAAACAUUUUAUGUAAUAUAAAAAUGUGUUCUAAAGUCGAUCGUAAAAUACAGUUGGAGAAUGCAGUUGAUUACAGGCGUGGGACCGAAUCCUAACUUGAGAUCCAUGUUUGAGUGGAGUUUGCUUGCAAAUCUCACAUAGAUAUGAAUGCAUGCUUUAUGCAAAAGUCUGAGUUGUGCACUGGCAUCCUAUGUCAGAAUUUGGGCCAUAAUGGUUACUUAUAGCAAGUAUUGAAAAACUGUAAGUUGUUUAGAAGCGAAGAAUCCUAACUUGAGCUACCAACUUUUUCACUUUAAAUCUCCCUUUGACAUUAAUGCAUCUAUCCAGAACUUUGAGAUACACAUUUCUCUCAAGCUAGGAUUCAGUCCUAAGUUUAAAAAGGUUCUUAAAAGGUUCCCUUAGUUCUAUUUACUUUAAGUGUCCAUUUAGUCAGUCAGUCAAGCUGUUUGAAGAAGAGCCGUUCUCGCUCUCAAAUUUCUUUAUCAUCAUUACUUAUUUCAUUUGUAUUUUUCAUCACGUGUCCACUGUAUAGACAUCCUUUUUUUACAUUUUGAAGUUGUUUUGCUGGAGGCAGAAAUUCAAGCUACAAUGAAGAAUGGGUUCUGUCAAGUAGUAUUGGGCUUGUAAUAUAAAUACAUUGGGCCAAAAUUGGUUAAUUCAGAAAGGUAGUUUAUAUUGAUCAUUUUAUUAGAUUAUAUUCAAGUUUAAAUGCAGAGUUACCUGAGUAAUAUAUAUUGUAUUGAAUAAUUCAUGAAUAUGGUUUUCAUAUGAAGUGAAGUCAAUUCCAUAUUCCUUUUUUCUUUUCAAUUUAAUUUGUUUCCAACGCCCCCCGCAUUGUAUCGAAUUGCUCCAUUAGUGUAUGCAGGAAUAAUUGUAAUGGGAUAUUACCUGUUUCAAUAAAUCA